AUGAAUUAUGAUAUUACUUCUUUUUAUGAUAAUCUAGAUUCAUAAAAGGGAGACAUGUUUGAUAUGUCAGAUGUGUCAUCUAUUUCUGAAUAAUAAGAAGUAAAACAAAUUUAAGAUUAAAGUGAAAUAAUUAAUGACUUGUAGGAUUUAUUUUCUUAAUAAUUAGAUGAAAUAAAAGAAGAGGAAUAUAAUAUUCCUGAGGAUGAAUAAUUUUAAAAUAAAGAAGAGAUAUUUGAAUUGAGAGAUUAUUAAAUAGAUCUGUUUUAAAGAUCAAAAGAAAAAAAUUCAAUAAUAUUUCUAGAAACUGGAAGAGGUAAGACUCAUAUUGCUUUAAUGCAUAUUUAUCAUUAUAUAAAAAAGAAUGGAUUUUAGAAUACAAAAUUAGUAUUUUUAGCAAAUACUAUUUAAUUAGUUGAAUAACAAUGUGAAUUAAUUAGAGAUUAAAUAUUUUCUGUUGCUUAAGAAAUGGAAAAAAAAAAAUUAGCUCCAUAAGACUACUAUUUUGAUAUUUAAUAAUUUAAGGACAAUUCUUUUAAAAGAAAAUUCAUUGUUCCAAUCCAUUCUAAGUCUGUUCUGGCAAGUGAUGAUGAUAUGGAUAUUCAAGGUUGGAAAAAAGAAAGAUGGGAUGAAAUUAUUAAUGAAUCAGGUAUUUUUGUAAUGAUGGGUUAAAUGUUAUUGAAUGCAUUAAGAAGAGGAUAUUUGAAAUUACCUUAUUUCUCAUUAAUAAUAUUUGAUGAAUGUCAUCAUUGUACAAAAAGACAUUCCUAUAGAUUGAUAAUUAAAGAAUUCUAUGAAUGUGAAAAAGUUAGAAAAUAAAUAUAACAUAGUGAUAAAGUCAAAUUUUUAGGUUUAACUGCCACUCCUGUCACAUCUAUUGACAUAGAAAAAGCAGUCAAAUUAAGCACUGUUUCAAGUUUAUAAAUUGAAGUAGACAUUCUUCAACUAGCAUUAAAUUUACAUUCUAGAUAUGUUUAUAGUAAUGAAAAAUAAUAAAAAGAUUAUUAAUCAAAAGUCAUAACAUAUGAUUAGUAAUUUGGUAUUUCAACUAUUUACAUUCCUAAUCAUUAAUCAUUAAGUGAUUUUUUUAGAUUAUGGUUAGAAUUAUAUUUUGAAAAAGAAAAAGAUAAGAUUUCAUAUAGUAUUUAAUUACUAGUAGAUUAGUUAUAUCAUUUUGUUACUUUGUAUGGAUUUAUUCUUUAUAAGGAUUUAGGUGCUUUCUCAUUUUAUUAAUUUAUUAAAUAAUUAUUUGUAAAUUUUGGAGAAAUAAAGGUUAGAUAUAAAGUUGAAAAAGAUUAGAAAUUAUUAGAUAAAAUAAAAAAAUUAUUUCAAGAUUAUUUAGAAAUUUUACAACCUUUAACAGUUUUAGAAGAUCAAAAUUUAUCACAAAAAUUUAUAGCUUUAAGAAAUUAAGUAUUAGAAAUAAUGAAAAAAAAUUAAGAUAAUAAAAAACUUUUAAUAUUUGUUGAUCAUAAGAUUACAGCCAAAUAUUUACAUUAAUUAUUAGAAUUGCAUUAAUUGGAUUCUACAUAUGUAGUAGGUACUGGUAAUUUGACAUCUGGUGCAUUGUAAAUGACAAUUUUAAAAGAUAGGAAUAAAUAUAUAUCUUUAACUCCUAAUAUUAAUGCUUUAGAAAUAGCAGAAAAAAUAUAUGAUUAAUUCAAUAUAGAAGGAUAAGAAGAAGAUAUAGAAUUAAAUAAUGAUGAUGAUGAAAAUUAAACUAAAAUGAAAUUAAGAUCUUAAUUAUAAGAAGUUUUAGAAGGAGUAAAAAAUUAUGGUAAAAAAUUAGAUCAAACAUUAACAACCUCAAAAACUUAAAAAGAAUCAAUUAAAAAAUUUAAAGAUUGUUGCAAUAUUUUAGUUUCAACUAAUGUAACUGAAGAAGGAUUUGAUGUACCAGAUUGUCAUUAUGUUUUUGUAUUUGGAGAAAUUACAACUUUAAAAUAGUUUAUUUAAAAAAUAGGAAGAGCAAGAGCAGAUGACUCUGUAUUUUAUUUUAUUUUACCAAAAGAAAAAGAAUUAAUGUGGAAGGCAAAAGAAACAGUAUUAUUUAAGACAAAAGAAUGUGUAGAAAGAAAGAUACUAGAAUUAGAUUAGAAAAACUACUAUUCUGAUCUUAAAAAUAGAAUAAAUACUUUAAAUAGGCAAAUAAAUAAUAAACCUAAGUUUGAAGAUGAAUAUUAUGAUUGUAGAUUGGUUAAAGAUAGUCUUGCUUUAGUAAAUGUGAAUUGGGCUGUAGAAAUACUUUCUAAUUAUGCUAAUAUUUUUAAGAAUUUUGAAUAUAGAGGAAAAGAUGAAAACUAUAUUAGAGGAAUAUUUUAUCAAUUUUCUGAAUUUCCAUCUUUGGGUUGGAAAUGUGUUUUAAUUUUACCAAAGAAUUUUUCUGAUAGAUAUUUUAUAGGAGAUUUAAUGAAAACAAAAGAUGAUGCUAAAAGAUCAGCUGCAUUUAAAGCAGUUUUAAUUUUGAGAUAAAAAUAAAUGUUAACUGAAGAUUUAAGACCUGUAAAAAGUGCAUAUCAUUUUGUAUCUGAUAGAAAAAAUGAUCCAAAUUUAAAAGAUCCAAAUUAUUGUUAAGUUAUAUAAGAUAGUGUUGUAAUAAAAGUAGAACCUUAAGUUGAUUUAAGAUAAAAAUUAUUCCCUUACAAAAUGGAUGUAUUUGAAAUUUCAAUUCAAUAACCCUUAUAUUUAUACAAAUUUAAAUUUUAUGAGUUACCAUAACAUAUAAAAAAUGAAAAAGAUAAAUAAUAAGUUAUUGGAUUUAUUCAUAAUUCUUAAUUCUGUAAUAGAUAUCAAUUUUCAGGAGGAAAAGAGAUAAGAUUAGAAUUUGUUAAAAAGAUUACACUAACUCAAGAUUAAUAUUAAUUAUUAAAUUAAGUACAUUAAUUUUUGAUAGCAACUUCAUUUGACUGGGAUUUAUCAUUUUAUUCAUUUGUUACAAAUGAAUAAAUUUCAUCAGAAUCUGCUCUAUUUUAAUAAGGUAAAAAAUAGAUAUUCAAUUUAAUUGAUGAUGAAAAAUAAUAUGCUCUUUUAGUCUUAUUGAAUGAAGACUUAAAUACUGAAGAAGUCAAUAUUAAUUAUGAAGAUUCUAAUAAUAUUGUAAAAUACAUUGAAAAGAUGAAAAAAGUGUUUAAUUUUGUGAAUUCUAUAAGAUAAAAGAAAAAAAUGAAUUAAUAGAUUAAAGAGGAAAGAUAAAGAUUGAGUGAUAUGAGUAUUAGGUUUGAAACUUGGAAUAGUCUAGAAUAUGAUGGAAAUCUAAUUAAGAUAUUAAAGGAAUCAAAUUUUAAAGGAAUUGUUGGUUAAAAUAUAACAGAUAGAUAUUUUUUCAGCAAAGUUGUUUUUGAUUCAAAAAGGCCUAUUGAAUAAAACUUAGAAAGAUUUGAUAUUGAUAGAAAAAAUGAUUAUAUGAGAGAAUUAAAUAAUGUUUAAAGAAGUUUAAAGUUAGUUAUAAAUUUUAAUUUUGAAAAUGAAAAAGAAUUAUAUGCUGCCCCUAUUUUAAGGAAAUUCCUUAAAAAUCAUAUUAAUUAAAAUAGAGAAAUAAUAACGAAAAAUGAUUUAAAGGAUCCUAAAUAUUAAUAUUUUUCAGGAGAAUUUUAUCAAUUUCCAUUAGAUAUAUUAACUGCAUUAGAAUUAAGAAUAUUAACUAAACAUAUAUUAUAAUAAUUACGAGAUUUUCUUGUGUCUUUUACUUUUAAAUCUUAGGUUUCUAAGUUACUUGAUUCUGGAAAAUAAGAUUUAAACAAUUAUCAACCAUAAACCUAUCAAGUUAUGGAUAAUAUAAUGAUUUAAGAUUCAUAAGAAAUAAUUAAUUUUUUUGUUGAUAAUUCUUCAGAAUUUUAAGACUUAUUGAAUUAAUUUAAUAAAAAUUUAGAAUUAAAUUUGGGAAAUAAAAUAUAAGAUCAUUCAAAAUAAUUAAAAUAAAGAAAAUUUAAUUAUUCUAUCCAUGAUAUAGAUAAUGAAUUAUUACAUAGAUGUUUUCAAUCACAAUAAUUUAAUUAAGAUGAUUAAACAAAUUAUUAAGUAUUAGAAUUCUUAGGAGAUGCUAAUUUAAAAUUACUUUCAAGUAUUUAAGUAUUCAUUGAAUUACCAUUUGCUAAUGAACAUAUAUUGCAUUUAGAAAGAGCUAGGAUAGUUUCUAAUGAAAAUUUAAGGAAAUUUUCAAUUAUUCAUAGAUUUUUUAAUUGUAUUAAAUGUACAAACUUCAUUUAUAAUCCACCAGAAUUUAUUCUCAAUGAAAAUAAACUUAAUAUAGAUUAAUCAGAAAUAUAAAAUGAAAAAUAAAAAGAGAACAAAGAGAAUGCAAAAUAUUAAUAUACACAAAAUGGUGAAGUUAUAAAUGAAUUACCAAAAAACUAUUAGCCUAUUCCUGAAAAAGUUCAUUCAGAUGUAGUUGAAGCAUUAAAUGGAGCAUUUUUGAUUUAAUAUGAGGAGGAUAUUAAUGCUUGUUAAUUUUUCUUAAAUAGAAUAGGAGUUUUAAAAUACCCUUUAGCAUAAGUAAAAAUAAAAAAUUCAAAAACCUAAUAAGCAAAAGGGUUACUUCAAAAGAAUUUAAAUUCCUUAGAAAAUAUUAUUGGAUAUAAAUUCAAUGAUCACUCAUUAUUAAUUUAAGCUAUUACUUAUUAAUCUUUUCUUAAUGUAUUAGAUUAUUACAAUUAUAAAAAGUGCAAAUGCAAUUUUGUUGAAUUUAAAAGUUAAUAAAAUUUAAUUUAGGUUAAAAAUUUAAAUAAUAAUGAAAUUAAUGAAUCUUUACUAGCCCAAUUAAAUUAAAAUUAAAAUAGAAUUGAUAUGAGUUAUGAAAGAUUAGAAUUUUUAGGGGAUGCAGUUAUAGAUUCAGUUGUAGUGGAAUGGUUAGUCAAAGAAUUUAAUAGAGAAAAAGUUGAAGAUUUGGCUCUAAAAAAGUAAUGUGUUGUUUGCAAUAAAGCUCUUGCUUUAGUAACCAUUCAUUAUAAAUUGGAUUAGUUUUUAUUACAUCAAGAUUUACAUAAGACAAAUCAUGAAAAUAACAUAACACUAAAUAAAAUUAAGUCUAUGUAUAAUGAAUAUUAUGAUGAUAUAAGUAAGAUGUAUACUUAAGAACCAAUAAUUAAAAUUUUAGGUGAUGUAUUCGAAUCUAUUGUUGGUGCUAUAUUUGUAGAUUCUUCAUUUAAUUAUGAUCUAACUAAAUAAAUUGUUCUUAAAUUAUUAAUGCCCUUUAUGUAGCACUUUACAUCACCAAAUUAAAUAUUUAAAAAUCCUCAAGAUCGUUUAUUUAGAUACUUUAAAGGUAAAAACCAAUCUGAAUUUGAAAUUACAAUGACAGAUGAGGAUCCAAUUGAUGGUUAAAAUCUUUAUGUAUUGAGAGAUAAGAAUACUUAUUAAACACAUAAAAAAAUUAGAGCAACAUCUGAAAAAUAGGCAAGAGAAAAAUUAUUAGAAUUUAUAUAAAGAAGGGGAAAUUUGGAAUGA